UCGCGAGACGACCAAUCCCAGUCCUAUUUCACUCAAUCCACCUCGACCGCUUCCUCGCUCAAACGCUCCCACCCCUCGAGAACGUCGUUGCUGGUCGGCUCGCCGCCCUCGACUUCGCACCGCACCACCUCCGAGCCCUCAUUCGAACACAUCGGCUCUCUCAAACGCUCCUUGGCUUCUUCCGGCUCGCUCGCUGCCUCUCGCCAAUCCUACUCGGACUUUUCAGAACCUCACACAUCGACUCCUUUCUUCUCAAACCAACAACCGAAGCUUUCGUUUGAGCUCGGCCAUCAGCCAGACACUGGCCUGGCGUUCCCUGCCUACGACGAGGUCCAAUUCUUCCAUGAAGACGAACCGCUGGAUCUCCCUCCUAGCCCUCGACCUGAAGACGAAACGUCUGAUGCCGAUUCUAAUGAUGGUAGAUGCGAUCGAGAUGACGAAGACGAUGCUGGUAGCACCACCGACACUACCCGUUCUGACUCGCCUUUACCCACACCUACCGUGGCCGAUGACACGGCCAUCAAACACGAACCAUCGAGACACGUCGAUUAUUUGUCCCACGACUGGCGCGAGGAAGACAUAUGGUCCUCCUGGAGGCACAUUGUGUCACAGCGCAAGGUCUACGGCCAGAGGUCGCGCCUUGAAAAUGCGUCAUGGAGAACGUGGGCCAAAUCCAAAUACCACCUUCCAACCGUGUCACCAGAGACGCUUAAUUGGUACGCCUGUACGAUUCUAGCACACGACGUGACCUGGCUCUAUGGGCCUUUACAGCCCGCCUCAACACACCCCGUAACUCAACACUCACCGGACCCUAGUCCACAGUUCUCGAGCUCCAAUUCUUUCGUUCACAAGAAGCCUAUUCUCAAGAAACGAAGCAUGUCCGAGGUCAUGCUUCAACGCUCGCUAUCAACCUCGUCUCUCGUCAAGCAGGCUGCCGCCGCUGUACAGGCCCAGCAAACCUUGCCUCCAUCCAAAAGACCUUCGCUCGGUCGAUCGUCUGCAUACCUUUCCACUGCUAGUUUGAUGGUGCCUAGCAGUAGAGAUCAGCUUGACUUCCUGGACUUGGGCUGCUUCUCCCCACGUCCCUCAUCUGGAGACCGUUCGCCAUUUGAGUACCCCAAACGCCACAUUCGCUUCGACGAGAAGGUCGAGCAAUGUAUUGCCGUCGAGGGCAAAGACGGCGAGUUCGAAGAUGAGAGCUCCGAAGACGAGCGACCGAAUAACGAUUCCGACUCUGAUUCGUCUGAUGAUGGCAUCGUCAUGAUGAGACGUCCCAAAAGAAAACGACAAGCCCGCAAACCAUUGUCGAGAAGCACUUCCUCCAGCAGGACGAUCGAGAAGCUUCCAUCAACAACUUUGAAGAACAAAACGGAAAUCAUAGAGCCUCUUCCUCAACCGUCUCCAUCUUUGGUCCACUCAUGGAGCUCAAGCAAACUGCCACAGUCAGCUUCUCAGGAAACUUUGAAGCCGUCUAAUCCGUCCAAAAAUCAUAUCCUACCUCCUGAUGACGAGGAAAGUGAAGACUUGGACUCGGACGAUACAGAGUCACUUAGAUUGAGUGGAUUUGCAAAUCGAAGAGACAGCGUAGCCGUGCAUAGAUCACGGACAUCAGGUUCACCAGCCACUACACCAUCCGAAGACGAGGAUGAACAAGAAGGCUCUGGGAUGCGCCGUAGUGCUUCGGGAAUGUUCAUGCCUUACGAGGAAGAUGAAGAUGACAUCGUCGCCGCCGGCCUCUUCGGCAAGGUGAGUGACACUUUGAAUACCGCAAAAGAUAUUGCUCAUGUAAUAUGGAACGUUGGGUGGAGAAAG